UGAUUCGUUUGCUUCCGGUUCAGGAAAGAUGGCUCAGGGUAGUAAGAAGUUUAAAUCUCAGCGUCCAGCAGCUAAAAAACAAACACAAAAACAGAAAGGACCGAAGAAAGGAGGAAGGAUCAUUGCUCCAAAGAAAGCCCAGGUGGUUCAGCAGCAGAAGCUGAAGAAGGGUCUGGAGGUGGCCAUCAGGAACAAGAUCGAGCAGGAGGUGACCCAGAAGGCCAGCUCGUCGCUGCACAAACGGCUGAGUGUUCUGAAAGCACCUGAGAGUAAAGGAAAACCUGCUGCACCCAGUCCUGGAUCCAGCUCCAAAUGAACAAGCUGCUGAAUGUGAUAAUACGGCAAAUGAACUGCAUUGGGCAUUCCUUCUUUGGUUCGUGUCUUUAACCUCCUGGAGGAUGACUGCAGAAACCCAGCGAAGGCUUUCUUUUUGUAAAAAUGUUUAUCUGAGAAAGUGAAGCGAUCAUGGAGGGUGAGUGUCCCUGGAUCCUUCCUCUGGGGGCUCCACAGGACCUGAGUUAUUCUGUGAAUGUGAAGUUCAGAUUUUAUUGUCAUAAUACAAACAUCAAACCUUCCCAGACGUUCAACACCUUCAGAUUGUAAAGUUCGCCUGCUGAUCAUUCUUGAAUCAGUCUUCAUGAAAUAUAGAUCAUCCUAACAAAUCCA